GGUUAGAAGUUCUGGUUUCAGGGGCACUUCAGCUAUUUUGGAAGCACCACAGUAUUUAGGCCAACAUAAGCUGAUAUUCAGAAGAAUCACACUUUAUCUGAGAUUAUCUAGAAAUCCAAUAAUUGGGCUGGCUGACAUCUUUAAUUAAGUGAUCUGGAGUAGCAUCAUGUGAGAAACAGCAAAGCUAGCAAGGUGUGACGUGAUUCACUCUGCUGGCCACUGAUCUGUCGAUGGGCCUGAAAAUGGCACUUCAUUCAUUUCUGAAUGCUAAUUUGUGCGGCAUCUUUCAAAGGUGUGAGUAGGGCCAUGAAUCAGUGAUCUUAUUGGAAUCUCAAACCGAAGGGGGUUGGAACUGUGUAUAGGAGGUGCAGAGGUCCUUUAGUUUCAGAUCUUUUCAUAGUCGCAAACAGCGACCUAUGUGACAUUAACAAAUCUAGCAGAUCAUUACAAGUUCUAGUUUCAGUGUUACUUGCUUCGGCUAUUUGGCAGCACUACUGUAUAGGAUAAGAUGCUACUUAGGAGCAGCUAAACUCAAAACAGAUAUAUGUGGUAAACUUACGGCAUUUUGAACUGAAAAACGGUGAAAGAAUUAAGAAUUUUCGGACACAUGUUACUUACAUUGUCUCAGCUCUGCAUACUUGGCAACAUUUCCAAAUACUGGUCCUAAUGUAUCUUCAUGUUUAAUUCUGCAGCUAUGUUCAGUGGUGCUAAUGUCCGGGCUCAUCAUAAUCCUGAGCAGCGCCGCCAAGAUCACUCACCAGGUGCAGGCCCUCAUGGGCCAGACCACCAAGUGGCACGCCUGCUGCACCAUCGAGCCGGUCCCGGACGACGAGAUAGAUCCGGGAUCCAACCAGAACUCCAUGCUGGAGGAGUACCCCGAGCCCGAGGACGAGAGCGACUGUGAGUCCAGCGAGGAGACCGGCGACGAGGACAUGGUGGAGAACACCAAGUUCCUCCAGCCUCACAUGCACGUGAUCUCCUUCCAGAAGAGGCAGGCACUAGUGACCUUCCUGGAGAACAACAACGCCGGCAUCACCGUCUUCGGGUUCACGCUGGACCGGUCGUACCUCCACACGAUAUUCAUGCUCGAGUGGACGUUCUUCCUGUGGCUGCUGGGGAAAACAGUCGGCUUCUCGUGAAGACGAGGGACUGUAUGCACCAAGGUUCUAUUCUGUUCCAUGUUUUUUUGCUGUUGUGCUCCGUUUGAUCCUUGUGUGAAAAGAGAAGGAG